UUAUUGUACAAACGUUCUGCAUCUGCAGACCAUGUGUCCUCAGGGAACAUCAUCGCCGCAGUUGGAACAGAUGUUACUCUGAGGUGCAACUACGAUGCUCAGAAGUACGGACGGCUGUAUGGUUGUUGGGGCCGAGGGGCCAUUCCUUCAAGGGGCUGUGCCAAUGAGGUGAUCAGGUCAGACGGGAUAUCAGUGGUCAGCCGGCAGUCAGAGCGCUACCUGCUCAUGGGUGAUAUUGUUGAGGGAGAUGUGUCCCUGACCAUCAGGCAGGUGGAGGAGAGCGACUCUGGGAUUUAUGGGUGUCGGGUGGAAAUUCCAGGAUGGUUCAAUGAUCACAAGCACGAGCAGAAACUGACUGUAGUGGCAGGUGAGAUAGCCACAGAGAAAAAUGUUACUGGUGUUGUUGCUACUACUUAAGUACUCUAUAUG